AUGUUUACAUUUUGUUCCUUGCAGGGAGCGCAAUCCGAAUCAUCGGCGUCGCAAUCUUUACUUGAGCUUGAUGGAGGAGUAAAGGUACUGAUUGAUGUUGGAUGGGAUGAAACUUUCAGUGUAGAAAAGUUAAGGGAGCUGGAGAAACAGAUUCCAACGCUCUCACUUAUUCUCCUCACCCACGCGACCGUUCCUCAUAUCGCAGCUUAUGCACAUUGCUGUAAACAUUUCCCUCUCUUCACUCGAAUACCUGUCUAUGCGACACACCCUGUCAUCGCGCUUGGAAGGACUCUCUUACAAGACCUAUACACCUCAACACCGUUAGCAUCGACCGUUAUACCUUCAACAUCCUCAUUCCUCCUCCAACCGCCGACGAAAGAGGAAAUCAACUACUACUUUUCGCUCAUUCGUCCUCUAAAGUAUUCGCAGCCACAUCAACCUCUUAAUGGAAUCACGAUUACGGCCUACAAUGCAGGACACAGUUUAGGAGGCACGAUAUGGCAUAUUCAACACGGACUCGAGUCUAUAGUAUAUGCAGUGGACUGGAAUCAAGCUCGUGAGAAUGUUCUGGCCGGUGCGGCAUGGCUGGGUGGAGCGGGAGCGGGAGGAGCUGAGGUUAUCGAACAAUUGCGAAAGCCGACGGCAUUAAUAUGUAGCAGCAAAGGUGGAGAACGAGUCGCCUUACCUGGAGGAAGAGCCAAGAGAGAUGAACUUUUACUCGAUAUGAUAAAAUCGUCGAUUAGCAGAGGCGGUAUUGUCCUCAUACCGACAGAUUCUGGAGCGCGAAUGAUGGAACUCGCAUAUCUCCUUGAGCAUGCUUGGAGAACUGAAAAUCAGGAAGAAGAAAGCCCAUUUAAGUCCGCGAGGCCUUACCUGGCAGUCAGUACAAGUGAAAUGACGAUGAGAUAUACAAGAAGUAUGUUUGAGUGGAUGGACGAAGCUAUUAUUCGGGAAUUCGAGGCCCAGCCUGGCCAUGAGGAACAACAGACCGGACAACAAAGGAGAAACGUACAGGAUUUAAAACAAAAUGCUGGCCCGUUUGAGUUCAAACAUCUUCGAUUACUAGGGCGAAAGGGUCAAAUCGACCGAAUUUUGAACGAGACGGACAACUUAGGAAGAUCUGUAGGGAAGGUUAUCCUUGCUAGUGAUACCUCUAUAGAAUGGGGAUUUUCUAAAGUGGUGCUCCGAAAAAUUGCGGACGAUGACAAGAACCUCCUAAUUUUGACAGAAAAACUGAAUUGGAUCGACGGAGCUCCAGGUUUGGGAAGGACUUUGUGGUCAUGGUGGGAAGAACGACGCGAUGGAGUUGCCUCGGAACCAAGCUCGAACGGAGGAAGUCUAGAACAAGUCUACGGUGGUGGAAGAGAUCUUGAAAUCAGAGAACCUAAACGUAUCCCAUUGGAGGGUAAUGAUCUGACUGUCUACCAACAGUGGUUGGCGACACAACGUCAGUUGCAGAACACUCUUCAACCGGGUGGUGCCACAGCUCUCGAGGCUUCUGCCGAUAUUGUUGAUGAUGCUUCAUCGGAUUCAUCAUCAGAUUCCGAUGAUUCCGAGACCGACCAGCAAGGAAAGGCUCUUAAUAUAUCCGCAACUAUAGGCCAAGCGAACAGGAAAAAGAUUGGCUUGAGUGAUCAAGAUCUUGGCAUUAAUAUUCUUCUUCGAAAGAAGGGUGUCCACGAUUUUGAUGUAAGAGGAAAGAAGGGUCGUGAUAAGAUGUUUCCUGUGGCGAUCAGGAGGAAACGAAACGAUGAUUUCGGAGAACUGAUUAGGCCGGGGGAGUUUCUGCGAGCGGAAGAACGGGACGAAGUGGAUGGACAGGAGCCGCAACGACCUGGAAAGUAUGAUACAAAAGAUACCCUCGGCAAAAAACGAAAGUGGGAUGAUGUUGCAGCUUCAGGUAAACGUAGAACGUCGAAUGAAGGCAAGCGACAACAGAUCGGCAAUAACGAGGAUGGUUCCGUAGCAGAUAUUCUGGAAGAGGAUGACCUACUGAAUAUCGUAGAAGAAGAAAUUCCAGGGCCAUCUCGGCUGGAUAUCUCAACCGAGACAAUCAAAAUCAAUCUUCGAAUCGCAUUUGUCGACUUUGCAGGGCUUCACGACAAACGCAGUCUUCAGAUGCUGAUUCCUCUAAUCCGACCUCGGAAAUUGAUACUGGUUGGUGGUAUGAAAGAUGAGACGUUGGCACUCGCCAGUGAUUGUAGAAAGCUUCUUGGUAGCACCAAAGAAAGACUCGUCGAUGUAUACACUCCAGGAAUUGGCGUUAUUAUUGACGCAAGUGUGGAUACCAACGCAUGGGCUGUAAAGCUCACUGAUUCGUUGGUGAAGCAACUUCGCUGGCAGAACGUUAAGGGUCUGGGAAUUGUUACUCUUACUGGCCGAUUAGAAACAACACAUAUUGAGACCGAUUCACACGACUCGGAAGGGGCAAACAAGAAGCAAAAGAUGUUGACAGGAGAAUCAGAGGAAAUCCCGACGCAGGCAGCCCUCGAUUCAGCGAAAGCUCUUGUUGAAAUGCCAAAUUUAGAUGUUCUACCUUCAAAUAUGGCAUCAGCAACAAGAUCAGUGGCCCAGCCUCUACAUGUUGGUGAUCUGAGGCUAACAGAUCUGCGAAAGAUUAUGCAAUCUUCUGGUCUUACUGCAGAACUUAGGGGCGAAGGUACUCUUUUGAUCGAUGGGUCCGUCAUUGUCCGUAAGACUGGCACAGGGAGGAUCGAGGUAGAAAGCGUUGGUGUUAUGACGGCUUCAUUUUACGCCGUCAAGGGGAAGAUUUACGAAGGCCUUGCGGUAGUGGCAGGUGGUUAA